AUGGUAAGAACAGUUGUUUCGUUCCAGGUGAAGCGCAACUACCCGGCUUGUUCAGUCCCGUCUGGUCCCUUCGGGAACCCUACCGACUGCACAACGUACUACCAAUGCAUUGGGGAUGGCAUCGUCCUAGUGCGGCCGUGCCCAUCUGGACUCCACUUCAACCGCAAAACCGCCCAGUGCGAUUACCCAGAGAAUGCUAAGUGUGAAGUAUCCUCUUCUUCUGACGGAGCGGGCACAUCAGCCAACAAUGAGACACCCAGUGGAUCUUCUUCUUUACCUGAAUGUCCUUACCCUGCUGAUCCAAAUGUUGUUGUCCAUUUUCCCAAUCCUGAGGACUGCAGCAGCUUCUAUAAGUGUGGUCUCGAUGGAAAACCAGUGUUGAUCCCCUGCCCAGCAGGUCUCGAGUGGAAUGACGAAGCAGACGCCUGCGACUACCCCGAAUCUGCUGGCUGCAGCGUCUCUUCUGGUGGCAGUGUCAGUGGGGGCAAACCAGCCGGUAACUCUAACACUCCUCCACCUGAAUGCCCCUUCCCCGCCGAUCCAGUAAAUGUUGUACAGUUUCCCAACCCUGACAACUGCAGCACCUUCUACAAGUGUAGCCUCGAAGGAGAACCUGUCCUGAUCGCAUGUCCAGAAGGCCUCGAGUACAAUGCUGAGGCUCAAGUGUGUGACUACCCUACGUCUGCUGGCUGCAGCGUCUCUUCUGGUAAAAGUGGCAGCGCAAGCAAACUAACCAGGUCAAAUACCCCUCCACCUGAAUGCCCCUUCCCCGCCGAUCCAGUAAAUGUUGUACAGUUUCCCAAUCCUGACAACUGCAGCACCUUCUACAAGUGUAGCCUCGAAGGAGAACCUGUCCUGAUCGCAUGUCCAGAAGGCCUCGAGUACAAUGCUGAGGCUCAAGUGUGUGACUACCCUGCGUCUGCUGGCUGCAGCGUCUCUUCUGGUAAAAGUGGCAGCGCAAGCAAACUAACCAGGUCAAAUACCCCUCCACCUGAAUGCCCCUUCCCCGCCGAUCCAGUAAAUGUUGUACAGUUUCCCAAUCCUGACAACUGCAGCACCUUCUACAAGUGUAGCCUCGAAGGAGAACCUGUCCUGAUCGCAUGUCCAGAAGGCCUCGAGUACAAUGCUGAGGCUCAAGUGUGUGACUACCCUGCGUCUGCUGGCUGCAGCGUCUCUUCUGGUAAAAGGGGCAGCGCAAGCAAACUAACCAGGUCAAAUACCCCUCCACCUGAAUGCCCCUUCCCCGCCGAUCCAGUAAAUGUUGUACAGUUUCCCAAUCCUGACAACUGCAGCACCUUCUACAAGUGCAGCCUCGAAGGAGAACCUGUCCUGAUCGCAUGUCCAGAAGGACUCGAGUACAACGCUGAGGCUCAAGUGUGUGACUACCCUGCAUCUGCUGGCUGCAGCGUUUCUUCUGGUAACAGUGGCAGCGCAAGCAAACCAGCUGGGACAUCAAACACUCCUCCACCUGAAUGUCCGUUCCCCGCUGACCCUAAUGUUGUAGUCCAUUUCCCCAACCCCGAUGAUUGCAGCUCCUUCUACAAGUGUGGCCUCGAUGGAAUACCCGUGCUGAUCCCCUGCCCAGAUGGCCUCGAGUGGAAUGACGAAAAAGGUUAUUGUGACUACCCCGAAUCUGCUGGCUGCAGCGUCUCUUCUGAUAACAGUGGUAGCGUGGGCAAACCAGCCGGAAACUCGAACACUCCGCCACCUGAAUGUCCCUCUCCUGCCGAUCCAGAAAAUGUCGUGCAGUUUCCAAACCCUGAUGACUGCAGUACCUUCUACAAGUGCGACCUCGAUGGAAAUGCAGUGCUGCAAGAUUGCCCACCUGGCCUCGAAUACAAUGCUGAGGCUCAGGUGUGCGACUACCGCGACUCUGCUGGCUGCUCUGUCGCCAAAAAAUGA